CUGAUCCCCCCUCCUGCCCCAUGUCCCUCACAGCCACUCACAUGCUUUUUUAAUACAUGUUGGUGAACUGUAUUAAUUCUUCUAUGUGUCACGCCUGAGAGAGGACACCUUGACCGUGUGGACAGUUAUUGAAGACUGGGAUCCAGUCAGACUGGCUACAGUUUUACAGUCUGGAAAAAACUUUCUCGCUAAACUAUUUAUCUGAUGUCCACAGACAGCACAGAUGUAAGAAAUGGAUUGCUCUGCUUCUUCAAAGCCUAGUCAUCUACACUCUUAAAGAACUGAAGAACUGGUUGCUCAGAAAUGGCUUUUGAAGAAAGAUUUGAGGAAUUACUUCCCCAUCCCUCACACAAAAAGAGAAUCUGAGGAUGUCAGGUAUGUCCUUCUCUAGCAGAGAGCCUUCCACAUGUUCCACAUCUGUUCCUAAAACCCACCAUUCUGUUACAACCAUGGAUGGAAGUUUAAACACCUGCUCUGCCAAGCCAGCACCAGCAGGAUUCAGAAGAGUAUCAUCUACCGGAGAGCCAAGCUCAUGUCCGGUCCCAGGAUUAGGACCUGGAGUCCUAGAGAUGCGUGUUAAGGAGGGAAGUAAAAUCCGAAACCUGUUAGGCUUUGCCAUGUCCCGUCUGCAGGGAGGAGGACACGUGUCUCCAGUCAGUCAGGUUAUGUUCACUGGAACAGGUCGCGCCAUCACUAAAACCAUUACCUGUGCUGAGAUAAUGAAACGUCAUAUCCGAGGCUUACAUCAAGUGUCCAAGCUUCAGUACAGGACGGUGAGAGAAGUGUGGCAGAGCAGGGAGGAUGAAAGCAUUCAGAUGACUGUGGUUAAAAAAGUCCCAGCCAUUUACAUUUUCCUUUCCAAAGAACCGCUGGAUCCACUGGAGUUAGGAUACCAGUCACCUGCUGAGAUGAGCUCAAGCUCAGAGGAAAACACAAGUGGAGCUGCUACAGAGUCUUCUAGAAAGAGACACUGCAGUCCAUGCUCUUAUGAAACUGUCCAACUGUCCAAAAUUAAAAGAAGUACACAGGAGCACACUGCUACAGCAUAUAAUUACUAGGCAUAUAAUUUCAUGGGAAUUAAUUGUAUCUUUUAUCAACUGAUACAUUCACUUUUUUAUGCAUUUGAAUCUAUAUUUAUCCAUUUUCAUGUGUAUUCAUAGUUUGCACAUUUUAAAUAACAUUGUUAUAAUGCAUUAAUUAUAAUUAUGAGACACAAAGAAUCCGUAAUGUGCUAUUUCCUUUCUCCAAAAUCCUUUUUCCACUGAAGUGUAAUACUGCCAUCUGCUGGCUGUAUAGCAAACUGAUUAUUUGCCUUCUCUAAUUUCUGAGGCCACUUUGCAUGCAAUGUAAUGUAAUGUGGAUUUACUAUUCCAGUACAAGUCCAGGUUUAUGGAGCCUAUGUUAAGGUAAAAAAUAUUAAACAAUGUCCUCUGCUUAAAAUCUGCCUAGGAUUGCAUAA